UUCGUGGGCGACGUGGCCAAGGACCUGGGGCUGCAGAUGCCGGAACUCGGCGACCGCGUAAUCCGUAUCCUGGACAAAGGUAGGACGCAGUAUUUCGCCCUGCAUGGAAAGACGGGACAUUUAGUGACGGCCGAGAGGAUCGACAGAGAGCAGCUGUGCCGGCUGAUGGAGCAAUGCGUGCUGCGCUGUGAGCUGAUAGUGGAGGGGGAAAUGAAGGUUUACGGAAUCCAAGUGGAAAUCACGGACAUUAACGACAACGCACCGAGCUUCCGACAGUCAAAGAAAGAACUGAGAUUGAGCGAAACGACAGUCCCAGGGUCGCGGUUUCCCCUGGCUGAGGCUCACGAUCCGGACUUGGGACAGAAUUCCCUGCAGAGCUACGAGCUGAGCGGCGGCAAGCACUUCUCGCUGGCCGUGCAGACGGGCCCCGGCGGAGAUCAGCGUCCCGAGCUGGUGCUGGCGAAGGCGCUGGACCGGGAGGAGGCGGCGUUUCACGAGCUGGUGCUGAGGGCAAGAGACGGCGGCGAUCCGUCCCGGACGGGCACGGCGCGGAUCCGCGUGACGGUGCUGGACGCGAACGACAACGCGCCCGUGUUCAGCCAGGCGGAGUACACGGUGCGUGUGCCGGAGGACGUGCCAGUGGGCUCCAUUCUAGUCACCGUGACGGCCACAGACGCCGACGAGGGGCCGAACGGGCAAGUGGAAUAUAGUUUCCAUAAAAUUUCAGACCGAGAGUCAGAACUUCUCCAUCUGGACUCUGAGACAGGAGAAAUAACUGUCAAGAACGACUUGGAUUUCGAGGAAAUCUCCUCUCAUGAAUUGGAAGUGCAGGCACAUGAUGGAGGAGAGCUCUCUGAUACGGCUAAAGUUUUUAUUACGGUGACAGACAUCAACGACAACGCGCCCGAACUGACAGUAUCGUCUGCUGUGAGCGAGAUCUCGGAGGAUGCCCCAUCAGGAACGGUGGUGGCACUAGUGCACGUGCACGACCGCGACUCCGGGGCUAACGGUGAGGUGCGCUGCUCCCUCGACGGGGGUGUCCCGUUCCGCCUGGAGAAAUCCUUGGAGGACUAUUACCGCGUGGUGACGGCGAGAGAGCUGGACCGGGAGCAGGA